AUGUGCCUGCAGGCCCAGGGCAAACUUUGCCGGUCAGUAUGGAAAGGCUUGGUCUUGGGAACCCUCUUCACCAGUUUUUUGAUUCUGUUGUACUCCUAUGCAUCUCCACCUCUAAGUCUUAGCAGCACAGAAAACCCUGUCUCCUUCCGUUGUCAGCCAUCUUCAAAUUCUGGCUCCUAUCUACGAAAAGCCAAUACUAGUUCUGGUUCUUCACAGCAUUGUGUACCACGGCACAACCUUAUGUUCCUGAAAACCCACAAAACAGGAAGUAGCACAAUCCUUAACAUUCUGUUCCGCUAUGGAGAGAAGCACAAUCUUCAUUACGCUUUCCCCCGUGGACGCAAUGACUUUGAGUAUCCAAGCUUUUUUCAGCGUUGGCAGGUUGAGGGCUACCAGCCCGGUAUGUGCUUUAAUAUCAUCUGCAAUCAUAUGCGCUACCGGCAUUCCGAAGUGAGCCUUCUCAUGCCUCAAGAUACCACUUUUGUCACUGUUGUCCGUAAUCCAGCUCUGCUUUUUGAAUCCUCAUUCCAGUACUUUGCUCGUGUGGUACCAUUAACAUGGUCUCUGCCAGGAUCAGGGAGUGAGCAAAAGAUGGAUUCUUUUCUACGAAGUCCUCUGAGUUACUACGAUUCCAGUGGAUUUAAUGCACACUACCUGCGUAAUCUGCUGACCUUUGACCUGGGUUAUGAUAAUGAAAUUGAUGUGGGAGAUACUAAAGCGCAAAAUCUGUUGGAGGAGCUUGAUAAACGAUUUCAUUUGGUCAUGCUCUUGGAAUAUUUUGAUGAGUCACUAUUGUUGUUGCGUGAAUUGAUGUGUUGGGAGAUGGAUGACAUACUUUAUUUUAAGCUAAAUGCACGUAAAGAUUCUGGUGGCUCACGUCUAAGCCCUGAGAUAUACCAGUUGGCACAGGAGUGGAAUGCACUUGACUUACUAAUUUAUCAACAUUUCAAUACUACAUUUUGGAACAAGGUAGAAAAAUAUGGAAUGGAGAGGAUGAAGAAGGAUGUCAUAGAACUGAAGAGGAGGAAUGAAGAACUGAAGCAGGAAUGUAUUGCUGGAGGUGGCCCAGUAGAUGCUAGUAAGAUUAAAGAGUCUGGCCUGCAGCCAUGGCAGCCUCUGGGGAAAACAUUUAUUCAAGGAUAUAAUUUGAAAAAGAAUAUUCUUCCUCAACAUAGGCAGCUCUGCAGAAGUAUGCUGACUCCUGAAAUACAGUACAUGAGCCGUCUGGGAGCAGAUCUAUGGGUCACAAGACUAUGGGGUAAUAUUAGGGCACUGCUGAACUGGUGA